AGGCGGGGUGGGGUGGGGCAGGAGCACCAAACUCUAUGAAGAGAAGUAGGGAGUUCACAUUGCCGUACACACACAGGGAGUAAUGCUGAGCCACUGCGUUGGAUCCAUGCUGCCGGAGCACAGUGUGUUGUAGUCUGCAGGUGCUUUCAGCGUGUCUUUGCUUAAACAGGACCAGCUGUGUGAUUGCACAAAACAAAAGAGACUACUUGAAGUUUUGGAAUAUUUCAAAACACACUAAGGAGUAACAGCUACCGGAUCACUUUGGAUAUAAUAUAGCGUAUCCAUGCAAUGAUUUGCCUUCAGGAAGGUAUAUUUCACCAGACUAUGUUUUACCAUGGUUGACUUUUGACUUGCUCUGCGUGUUUCUCCGGGACUAAAUGAAUUUGCACGGAUGAGUUGCCCGAGCAGGAGAUUCUGAGUGAGUACGACGCAAGCUACUUACCUUUGGGGAGAAUACGCAAAGGGCAGCGGGGUAAAGAAAGGGGGGAGGUGAGGAGGAAGCUACAGCUUGUGUCCUGUCUCUAGAGAGUGCACUCACCCCAGUGUCUCCCCUGAAGAAUGUUGAGGGGAAGCAUUUAAAUGCUUGCAACCACAUGCUGCCCUGAAAGAAAGAACUUGAAAGAGAUCUCUGUGUUCCGGGCAGCAAGAGCAUUUUGGUCAAAGACACUUUAAAGGAAUGCCUCUGUUCCCUUUUGCUUUGUGUCCAACCAACCAUUCAUUCUGGAUCCUGCAUCAAGGGAAUUUCCCCCACAGUAUAUCUGCUGUAUAAUUUCAACCCUGGUAUGAUAGCUUUCGUUCCUGUAGGGAUGAACAUCACCACCUUACAGAUGGACAAUACAAGCUUCCACCCCUGGAACAUUUCUAACCUGACUGUGUGCCCCAAGAAUGACAGAUUCAAGUAUCCGCUCUACAGCACAGUGUUCAGCAUUGUCUUUGUGGUGGGACUCAUAAUGAAUGUAAUAGCCAUGUAUAUCUUUUCCUGCACACUGAAAGUCCGUAAUGAAACCACCACCUACAUGAUGAAUCUGGUUGUUUCAGACCUGCUGUUUGUUCUCACUCUACCACUGCGGGUCUUUUACUUUAUCCGACAAGAUUGGCCAUUUGGUGGUUUGCUGUGCAAGCUGUCGGUCUCUCUGUUCUACACAAACAUGUACGGCAGCAUCCUUUUCCUCACCUGCAUCAGCGUGGACCGAUUCUUGGCCAUUGUGUACCCUCUUCGUUCGCGGGAGCUCCGGACCAAGCGCAAUGCUAAAAUAGUAUGUGUAGCAGUAUGGGUGCUGGUUCUCUCAGGCAGCCUGCCAACAGGCUUCUUGCUGGACUCUACCCCCCGCCAAAGUAACAACUCCUCUGCCCGGUUCUGCUUCGAGAACUUCUCCUCCAAGCAGUGGAAGUCUCAUCUAUCCAAAGUGGUGAUUUUCAUAGAGACCGUAGGCUUCCUCAUACCACUGCUCCUCAAUGUUUUCUGUUCUGCAAUGGUUCUUCAGACACUGAGGAGGCCACAGGCAGUCACUCAAGGUGGGAAGCUUAACAAGACCAAGAUCUUGCGUAUGAUAAUGGUGCACCUUAUUAUCUUCUGCUUCUGUUUCAUUCCCUAUAACGUCAAUCUCGUGUUUUACUCACUGGUGCGCACUAAAAUCUUGGAAGGCUGUGCAGCAGAAACUGUUGUCAGGACCAUUUAUCCAAUUGCUUUGUGCAUAGCUGUAACCAACUGUUGCUUCGACCCUAUUGUCUACUAUUUUACUUCAGAAACUAUACAAAACUCUAUAAGAAGGAAGUCACAAUUAGAUGCAAACUAUAGCAUGAAGUACUCUGAAGCAACGCAAACAGAGACAAGCUCCAGUCUUAAUUUCAGCCUGAGGUCCCUUAAAAACAAGAUGUUCUUCAAUCCACUGCAAGAGUCCAUUGCAUAAGGAGACUUCUAGACUCUUUAAGCUGUUGGAUAUCUGAUCUGUUCUGUUAAUGGACAGUUAAGGGUUAACUGUUGCUACAAUAUUCAGAAGAGUCUGUGUGUUUUUUUGUUUUUUUUUCUUUCAAUUUUAUCAGAACAGAUAGUGGACCUUACUGAAUGGUGCUUUUACACCCAUCAAAAUAUGCAUGAUAUCAGUACCGAAUGUAUAAAAACAUCUAAAGUAAAGUAUUUAACUCCAAAGCUUCUUUUUUAAUGAACUGUAAUUAGUUUACUGUGAAAACCAGAGAGCAGGAUUACUGACAAUUACAGACCUUACAUGUAGUUAAACCUUUCAGUGCACUUCCAUGCAUUUUAUCAGUGCAUUGUAUUAAACAGUAUUAAAAAAUAUCUAUGAAAAUUA